AUGGUUUACAUAGUUUCGUGGGACGAAUUCGUAGAUCGAUCUGUUCAGCUUUUCCGAGCUGAUCCCGAAUCUACUCGGUAUGUCGUCAAGUAUAGACACUGCGAUGGCAAACUAGUUCUCAAGGUUACUGAUAACAAAGAGUGUCUCAAGUUCAAGACAGACCAAGCACAAGAAGCCAAGAAGAUGGAGAAACUGAAUAACAUCUUUUUCACACUCAUGGCCAGAGGACCUGAUGUUGAUCUCUCUGAAGUCACCGGGAAAGAACCGAUGGAGACGCAGCCUGCCAAGAAAGGGAGAGGAAGAAAGCAAUAAGUCUCGUUAUUUAAUCUGUUUUUUUUCCCCCUCAUUUUUGUCAAGAUUUUCCUUCAUUUUUGUUAACUAUUUUGAGAUGGAGUUUUUUAUAAUUAUUUGGCUUUUGAACUCUUUUUGUUAUGAUCGUAUCCAAGUUAACACAUUGAAAUCAUUUAUUUUUAAGUGUUCAAAGAGAAUGGAAACGAUAUGCAAUAAGAUCAUCC